CAGGGACAUUAGAAGUCAGUAAACAUAAGUAUAUGUUCAGGCUGAGCUGAGAGGGCUCUUCACCACCCCUCCUCCACAAAGCAUUUUAAGUCUGCUGAAAUUGAAUUGCUGCUUGCACAAAGAAGAAACCAAGCAGGCAUUAGGAAGUUUAGUUAUAAACUCAAGAGUGAAAGAACAUUUGCCUCAAGCUGGCCAGCAAGCCCUGCUUCAUGCAGCAUGAAUCCUCUCCUCAAUACCUUGUUAUUUUCACUGCUACUUCUUCUAACCCUCAGAAUCCAGGAGCUGAUAGAAGCGUGCAGCUGCGCCCCUGCACAUCCUCAGCAGCAAAUUUGCGAUUCUGCUUUAGUGAUUCGAGCAAAAAUUUCUAGUGAAAAAGUGAUUGCACCAAGUGAGGAUCCUCUUCAUACUCACAAAAUGAUCCGGUAUGAAAUCAAACAAAUAAAGAUGUUUAAAGGAUUUGAAAAACUGAAAGAUGUUCAGUUUGUCUACACACCAUUUGAUUCAUCACUCUGUGGGGUGAAAUUAGAAGCCAACAACAAGAAGCAGUAUCUCCUUACAGGGCAAAUUUUAGAUGAUGGCAAAGUUCUUAUCCAUUUGUGCAACUACAUUGAACCAUGGGAUGACCUUACCUUCUCUCAAAAGAAAAGUCUGAAUCAGAGAUAUCAAAUGGGCUGUGGCUGUAAAAUUUCUACCUGCUACAUGGUGCCCUGUUCUAUUACUACACCAAAUGAAUGCCUGUGGACAGACUGGCUGAUAGAGAGAAAGCUGUAUGGGCAUCAAGCAAAACAUUAUGCCUGCAUUAAACGCAGUGAUGGAACAUGCAGUUGGUAUCGUGGUGGCCCUCCUCCAGAGAAGGAGUUUGUUGACAUCAGUGAACCAUGAAUUAUGUAAUUUCUUCCAAAGCCCCAGGGGUCAAGUCCAUCCAACACUGUGUGCGCUCACUGCUGCUUUGAACGUCCAACAACUGUCUCUUGCUUAGAAAGAAAAGCAAAUUGUGCUUUGCCAAUAAAGUACACAGUUUAUAGAAUUGGCAUCCAGACAAGAAGAGCAAUGAGUCUCCUGGAGGUAGCUGCUCUCUAAUGUUCUUUUUAUAGAGGGGUGCUAUGUGGGAAAACGUCUUUGUUUCUAAGAAUAGUAAUUGUGCUGUUUUUUUAAAAGGUAAAAUGAAUGUACCCAAACAAAACGAGAUGAGUCAAAAUUUGGACUACUAUUUCUGUAAACAAGUUGAAUUACAAAACACCUUGUUUUAAUCCAAAAUGGUAUCUUGGCUGGCGAUGUGGUGGGGACACUGUUCUGUAUAGUCAUUUCUCUUUAGUGUUGUGUUCUGAAACAAAUGAUCUUGGAUAAUGUAUACAUAAGAUACUAUAACAACCUGCUGUAAAAAGCCUGAAUGAUUAAUUUCUCGUGUUUCAGAGGAUGCAAGUUAACUGUUUUGUGGUGCAAGCAUCAUUUAAAAUGUUAUAUUUUAUCUUUCUAUAUACUACUUAAUACAUCUAAUCUAGCCUUAUCUUGAGAAUUUAUUCAUAAUUAUAGCACAUCUUUGAUAAUCAAAAGCAGAUCCAAUGUAGGAAUUCAAUGGAGUGAAAUAUACUGUAAAACAGAAAGUAAGAUUGAUUGUUCUAUGAUUUAAUUAUAAUGGCAUUACACUACCAGAGGAAUAAUAUUUGUCAAACAAAAAGGCAAUAUUAUUCUAUUAUGUAAUUAUUAUAACAUUCCAGCAUUGGAGGGGAUAACAUGACAUACUAUCUCAGAAUGAGAAAAUUAAAAACAAAUUGUGGAGAACUCCUAGAAAGAAGUUCACCAGAGUUGUCAUUUUUCCAAGAGAAGAAAAGGACUUCUAUUGGUUUGAAAUGUACCUAGUUACCACAUCAUGGUAACUAUCUCUAAAAAACAAACAAAAUGAAGAGAGGAAAACAUAGGUAAAAGAAGGGGAUGGAUAAAAUGAUCAUAUGAGCAGCAAAGGAGAGCUUCUUUUGAUUUAUAGGAAAACAUUUACACUAAGACAUUGAGGCAGUUUGAAAACCCCCAGCUUGAGAAUUAAAGUAUCAUUAUCAUGAUUACUCCCACAACCAUAAAUUUGUACGUAAACCAUCUAGUACAUCAGCAAUGGCAAAUAUGCAUAUCUACUCAGAUUAUCUGUGUAGACUUGGAAAAUGAUAUCUCUGGGAAUUCUGACUGCAACUUCACUUUUAUUGUAAACACAUAUUAUGGGUCACCUGAAUUUGUGACCAUAAAUUUAUUGAAUGCUGUUUAGUAAUUGACCAACUACAUUUUGAGGGUACAUGAUUACAUGAAUAUUUUAAAUUUAAAUAAGGCAUAUAAUCAUGCCAUGGUAGACAUGCAGCCAUAUAUGUCAGAUGUGUACUGUGUGCUAUUUUUAAGGUUAUACAUAUUGUGUAUGUUGCCCUGAAAGCUUCAGUUAUAUGGUGACUGACCAGAUGGAUGAAUGCAUGAAUGAAUAAAUAAGGUUACAGUUUGCAAACUUGACUUUUGCAUUAUGUAGUUCAAGGGUUCACUCUGUAUAAAGUAAAGUACUCCCAGUUUUUCUACCUUAGUGGCUAAAUUGAAAUAAUCCACUCCUUUAAAAAGUACAUUAUUCACAUAUUAUUCUGAUAUUAAAUAUAAAUUUAAGGAAUCUAAUUUCAUACAGUAAAUUGUUUUACACAGAUUUCUUACCACUUGGGGGCAAAGCAAGAAACAUUUGAUCUGUCAGGUCUUGGUGAACAUAUUUCUAUGUUUAAUUCAACUUCAGUGUAAAAAAAUUUGCUGAUGGCUAAAUAUUUACCAACACUGAGAUUCCCGCAAACAAUAUCUCUAAGCAGAAUUAAUUCAUUCAGGCAGAUCAAUAGUCAUUUACCAAGAUGUCAUUUAUAUAUAUGAAGUGAAGGUUUUUAUUGGGUGCUUCAAGUUGUUUCUGACCUAUGGCAAUCUUAGUAAAAAGGAUUUCCUGUGCCAUUCCAUUUUUCCUUCAAGUACUGCUUCAGUUCCUUGGAUGUUCAUUCUUCCAAGAAUGAGAACUGUUCAUUCAUAAGUUACUUGUUCUGUCUCUGUCCAAUACACAACACAGAAGACACCCUCCAGGACUUUCCAGCAGUUCUGGAGGAUGGUGUCACUUUCAUGUGUUGGUCUUGAACAACACAGAUGGAUUCUAUCUGGCCAACCCCAUCCAACCUCAGCCACAGACAGAUGGUUCCUGGAGGCAGAGGGGUUGUUGCAAGAAGGAACAGUGAUUACUUCCUUCUGUAAUGAUUACUAAAGAACAUAUGCAGAUAUAAUAUGACAUUAUACUUGCAAAUAGGAUUAUGGCCCUCCUUUGUUACUAUAACUUUUAUGUUUUAGAAUUUUAGAUUUUUAAGUUCAGUAAAAGAACUUAAAGUAUACGUUCAAGAAGAAUAAAAUCUCUUCAAAAUAAAAUUUCCUCUGGAAUCUGAUACUUUAUCUUAAUAUCUCUUAAUGUUUCAUAAAGGUUAUGUAUUCUGAGCCAUAACCGCCAAGAAUUUUUCCCCCAGGGAAAACCAGAGCUUGAAUUUCUGAUUCUGUUUAUUUUUUUAUAACAGUAAGAUCAAAGUUUAAACUACAUAUUUAUUACAGUAUGGCAAGAGCUGUCCUCUGCUCUGUACACUUGCAUUAAAUAUUAAUGAAUAGUUCAUAUAAAUAGAUGAAGUCACCAAGAACAGUCUUCAAACUAACACUAUUACACUGCAAUAAAAACCCCAGGUUGGAUUUAAAUUUUUGCUUUUAAAGCACUUUUAAGAAUAUUAAACACAAAUGAUGUUUUUGCUAACCAUAACAGCAAGGGCUAAAUUCAUUGUUCCACUGAAGGAACUUUUGAGACUUCCUUCUUUUCUCCCCUCCAGCCCAUUAUGUCUUCUGAAACCCACAUUUCUCAGAUACAUGAGGUGGCGAGGGAUCUGCAUUGAGUGCACCCACCAGGUUCUACUGGAAUCCACUCUUUUUAAACAGUGAAAGUCAAAAAAAUGUAUUCUUGUCAAAGUCAAUAUAUUAUAUUGUUGAAAAAGCCGAAAACUUUGCUAAAAGGAUGUUAAGCUUCAUACUUCCCUUACUCAUGUACACAUCUUCCUGGAAAUAGUAGGGUGGCACUUAGUCCUACCACCGGAGGUCUUCUGAGUAAAUAUGCAUAGGAUUGCUUAUUUUUAGAAACUGAUGCUAUGAAGAAUACCCCAUUUCCUUAAAAGAACAAUGAAAUGUGAAAAUGUUGCUGAUUUUUUUUUAACUGCCAGAACCGUGUUUAGACAGCUGAAUAUGCUUAAGCAACAGUCGAUAGCAGUGGCUGACAGGGAAAGGGGUCAAACCAUAAUGAGUCAGAGAACUGUAGAUAUAAAGAUUAAAAUAAUAUAUUUUUGAAGCACAUGUGGAUGAUUUUAAUGUGAACACCCUGAAAUUCAAGCAUCACAGCAGCAAAAAAGCACUGCAAGUAAAGAAUUCCUUCCCAUUUGUUUAUGUUAUUUUUUUUUUUUGCACAGAUACUGUAAGAUCCCUUCAUUCAACAAUAACUGUGUUUUGCACAGGAUUUAAUAGUUACACAUUUUGUUUUCUGCUCUAGAAAUGAUUUAUUACAGUUAAGUUUUUAUUUUAAGUCCUUAAGUAAACAUAUCUCAAAUUGUCUUUUCUGGGGGGGGGGGAUCUCUUUUCUUCAGUAUUUUUAUAACAGUUAUAUGAAACAAAUUAUUUCAGACUGACAUUUUCAUUCGAUUGCAUCUGCUUUAUUUAAUGUAUCCUCCACAACUUUUCAUUCCAUAAGUGUUGCAAAUGUAAAUAUUCUAUGUUUCAAAGAAAGUGGCUGCCCAUC